AUGGCUCCUCAAUCUCAGCCUGCUACAUCUCCCCCUCCCCCCUCUGGACCAAACAGGACCAAUACCACUCAAGCUCCCACCCGGAAUAUGGCGGAUGCCCACGAUAAAGAUGAGAUGCCAUCUGCCGCCGAACUAUGGACGAUUGGAACCAAGUCACUCCAGACUGGUGCUGUCACCGGCGGUAUCGGUCUACUUGUUGGAGCCGGCUCUGGUAUCAUGCGGUCGGCACCACCUACUCUGUUCGCCCUGGUUGCUGGCCUUCAGUGGUUUGCUCUCGGAUCCAGCUACAUGGCUUCGAGAAGCCUUCUGUGGCAUGCGUGGGGUGGCGAAGAUAACAUGAGCACAUCUGAUCUAGUUAAAGCAAGCGGAGUUUCUGGCGGUGUAUCUGGAAUGGUCGGUGGCAUGUUUCGCGGACCCAGGAACAUCAUACCGGGCAUAAUGUUCUUCGGCACUCUCGGAGCCGGUAGCUCAUACGUGUCACAGCGAUAUAAGAGUAGCGAGCCAAACCCCAAAACCAGCUGGUUCGACUCCAAAUGGAGUCCCAUGCAACGACUGUCCGACGAGGACUAUGAGGAGAAGCUAUCAGAGAAACUCCUCCGACUGAGGGCUGAGAUCGCCAUCAUUGAUGACAACAUCGAGGCUCUGAAAGCCGCCAAGCAGUCGCCGACCUCGCCAAAGGCCGAAGCCAGGACAGACGCGAAGAAAUGA